AAACUAGGGUAAGAAUAAAAUCCGAUCCUUUUAAGUCAUAUCAGGGCAAACUCAGUGUCUUCUUUCCCCGCUACGUUUAUUUUCGGCGCUAAAGCUUGAAGCUUUCUCUACCUACAUCUGCAUUGCCAUAGCGGUGCUUAUCUCCGAUUCAAGUCGGUCAAAAUGUUCACUUCAUUGAAGAAGAUCCAUAAGGAUAAGGGUGCUGAACCCACUGAGUUUGAGGAGACAGUGGCACAAGCUCUCUUUGAUCUUGAGAACACAAACCCAGAGCUCAAAAGUGAUCUUAAGGAUCUUUUCAUCAACUCAGCACUUCAAGUUGAUGUGUCUGGAAGUCGCAAAGCUGUUGUCAUCCAUGUUCCUUACAGAUUGAGGAAAGCUUUCCGCAAGAUUCAGCUAAGGCUGGUCAGAGAACUGGAGAAAAAAUUCAGUGGCAAAGAUGUUAUUGUUGUUGCUACUAGGAGGAUAGUUAGGCCACCAAAGAAGGGCUCUGCUGUCCAGAGACCACGUUCUCGUACUCUCACAUCGGUGCAUGAAGCUGUUCUCGAGGAUAUUGUGUAUCCUGCUGAGAUUGUAGGAAAGCGUACCCGAUACAGGGUUGAUGGAUCCAAAAUCAUGAAGGUGUUUUUGGAUGCUAAGGCACGCAAUGACACCGAAUACAAGCUGGAGUCGUUUUCUGGAGUUUACAGAAAGCUCUCUGGAAGGGAUGUCGUAUUUGAAUACCCAAUCACAGAGGCUUAGUUUAAUGUUACCACCCUUCAAGGUCUUUUUCGUCCUUUUAAUUAUUUAUCAGUGGUCACUUAAUUGUGUGUUUUUUUGGUUAGACUUGGUAUAAGGUGUUCUCACAAAGCUUUUUGUCUUGACAUAUUCAUCUCUUUUAGUUGAACUUUUAUAUGUGAAUGAGGAAAGGGCAUUUUCUUA